GCGAACAUCUGUAGCUCACUUCACUUGAGUUGUUCAAAGUAGGAUGUUCAGAUCCUCCCAAUUAGUUAUCGGAUCACUUUGUGCGAUCAGGAUGCGUAUUGUGUGUUUGCUGUUGCUUCUUGCGUCACUGGUGGACGGAAAUAACCAGUUGACUAUCCAGGAAGUAUUGGCUCGAGUCCACCGUACCCCGCCGGUAUUGGCUAGUGUCGUAGCCAGAGCAACGAAUGUGGUGCAUCUAACAAAAAUUGCAAUGACCAGCAGAAGAAUGUCAGUCGGUAGUGAAGAGACAACCAUCGAGGCUUAUCCAUAUCAAGUAGCUAUAUUGUAUUAUAACGUUCAGUUUUGCGGUGGCUCUAUAAUAUCCGAUUCAUGGGUGCUCACAGCAGCUCACUGUUUGGAUUGGAAACCCAAAAACAAUGACAUAUCUAUCCGCUCUGGGAGUUCCUCUCGGUCAGGUGGAGGAAGUGUUCAUCCCAUACACUACUACCAUAUCCACGAGGAGUACAACCCUAACGAUUAUCCACGAGAUGUGGCAACGAUACGAGUUAGGUUUCCGUUCAGUGCAGUUGCAAGCCAAAUCGUUCCGCUUGCCCGCAGAGAAUGGAUUAGCGGGAAUGUUACAGUUACAGGAUGGGGUAAGAACUCCGACGGCAAAGUUCCUGACGUUUUGGCAAAGGUAGUGCUCCCUGUAGUGAAUCGAAAAACUUGUGACUUCUUGUGGGAAGGACUGAUAACCGACGAUAUGAUUUGCGCCGGUGAUAGCGGAAGCGAUUCGUGUGAUGGAGACAGCGGUGGACCUGCUGUUCAAAAUGGAAUCCAGUAUGGUAUUGUAUCUUGGGGUAGAACAGUUUGCGGAACAGCUUUGCCCGGAGUUUAUACAAACAUAGCACACCCAGCAAUCAGAGGAUUUAUUAAAAGAACCACAAUGGUGUAAACAUACAUUUGUUUAUUCUAAAAUCGGAAAUACGUAUUAUUUUUGGAAACGAGACUAAACAAUUUUCUGAAACACUGAUGUAAUUGGUCCAUUCAAAUGUAAAUACAGCUGUGGAAAUAAACAGCAUUUAACACAUCAAUUUUUGUACUUCGAAAUGGAUUUACUCAUUUAAUUCUAUAAAAAAAAUCGAUCAUCGAUAUAAACCAA